AUGUCAACUUCUGCUCUCGACCUCUCCGAUAUCAUCGAUGUCUCUCAGCUCUCAUCGGAGCCAGAGAGUUCAUCUCCGGAUUGCCACGCGAACUCCUUGGGAGCUCAAGCGGCGCUGCGGCCGCUGCUUAUUUGGAGGGCGUUGAGGAGCCAAAAUGGACCCUCAGUGUCCGUGAGUAGCGCUCAUGACGGGCGCAAGCACAGCGCCGUCUCUGCAUUUUCGCCCUAUACGGACGCCAGAGACGUGUUUCUCUGUGACGACUACCCGCCAUCGCAGUUGCCUUCCGCUCCAGACAUCGUGCCGGAGAGCACGCCACGGCCGCUGGCCAUAGUCACCCACUUCAUGAGUGAAACGAAUGCCCCCGAGAUGGAUUUCGCGGGCCUCCUUGGGCCAGUCGUGACACCAUCCAACCAUCAGACAGACAGGACAUUGGCAGUCCAAAUGCAAAUGCCAACGGCAAGCGCGUUCGACGAGGACCUCCAGCGGGAGUACAAUGCAGACGUCGAACUGAUAGGCCUGUUUGGCCAGGGUAUCACCGCAGAUACACAUCCAGUAUCUAGCGUUGUUGGUCCUGGUCUACCCGAGGUGGAGCAGGAACCAACAACAACUAAAUACACAAAUCGCAUCCGUGGUACGACAGUCGACAAUGUUAUGGACAAGCGCGUCGUUGAUGGUCAAGAUGACAUUUCAACUCCUGACGAUGUUGGGGCCACCUGUGACGACGAAUUUGGCGUCACUGAAGCCCCAUCUUCAGCUGGGCCCUCUGUAGCCUCCCGGUCCACGCCUCUGUCUCUCCCAAACUUGCAAGCGCUGCACAAGGCCGCGCAGACAACAGAGCAUCCAGUCGAAGAGACGGGUGUAAGCGCUGAAAAUUCGCUGCGGCGCAGUACUCGCAAGCGGAAGCACGUCGAGCCCGCGCCCUCCACGAUGUCCGCCAACUCCAAGCAGUCCAUCGAUCCGCCGCGGCAAGUACGCUCUGGAUCCAGCACCACAAGUGGGCGCGAGACAGCGGCAAUUGUAAUUCCGGAGCCUGCUGCCCCCAGGGCUAUGCCGCUGCAGACCGCAGACGGUCGCUUCGCUUGCCCACACUGUCCUGCCAGAACGUUCCAACGCUACUACGAUUGCAGGAGGCACAUGGACACGAGCAAACGAUGCCUUGGCUGGAAUGGCAUUGUGUACCCUUGCCAUCGCUGCGGAAGCGAGUACACGAGGCGCGACGCGGUGAAACGGCAUAUGGACGACAAGCCGGAUUGCGCGCAGGACGUGAUAUCUUCGCUUGCUCACAAGCACGCGCCUGCGCGGUCCGUAAAGCUCCGGGGAUGGAAGCCUAGCCCGCCGCUGACCAUGCCGUCUCACACCAACAAUUCAAAUGUCGCGAAUGCACCCGACGUCGAAGACGUAGAGAUUCCUAAAGGAUGGAGAGAACAUAUCGCGUCACUGGAAGCUAGGAGACGUUGCAAGCCAGCGCUGAAGGACGACGGAACGGAGCACGGCGCGGACGCAAGAACAGCGGCGAGAGGCGGCGAGCAUACUGCCCUGCUGCACAAUGUCGGGGCACCAUCAGAAUAUAAGACAUGGCUGGGCACCACUCGGAGAUGCCCCCAGCACCUCGCUCUUGUCUCUUCCGCGACACGCCACUCGCCCCUCGACAUGGCAUACCCUCAGGCCGACUCCUUCGUUUCAUAUACUCUCGUCAAUCCUCUUGAUGCAUCCGGAAUUACGCUGUCAUUUGAGCAGGCCAUGCGCCUACACUCAUCUUCACAUCCGCAGGCCGAACAGCCGGUCGGUGGUUUCCCCACUCCAUGGAUAAUCGAGAACUCGUACCUCGAUAUCAUGCGUCCCCCGGAGGAUGUGUACACACCUUGGCAUCUAGACGGCCAGUCUGCUGUGCUGGGUAACACGUACGAUGCCAUGCUCCUCGCGUCGGAAUACGCGUCGGAGCACGGCAGGCUGGCUGCAGCAGAAUGCCUUCUCAGCCCUCCCAUAGACCCAAUCGACCCCAUUCUACUUGCUCAUCCGAGCACCUACGAGAUUGCCUCCGCGCUGGGCGAUCCCACUCACUCCAGGCACACUCCCGCGGCUGCGGCGAACUCGGCUCUUUCAUCGUCUCCAGUGUUUCCUCCAUUGCCAUGUACCCCUUCCUCCUCACCAGACUCGAUCACAUCCUCACCAGGCAACACUGAUAGCGCCAGUGAAGCUGGGUCGUCGCGUUCUCUGUCGCUGCCCAUCCGCUCUUCCGUGCAGUCUCGUGAACACUGCCAUCAUCCCUACCGCCGCAAUCGUGCAAGGUCUUCAUGCUCGGUAUCAGCGAGCGACUCUUCAUCACCAUCCCCUCGUACGGGUAGCUCCAAUACCCGUCGCUCUCCACGCCAUACCCGCAGACGCAAUGUGCAGGUCGACGGCAAGGUCCCUGAGCCCGAGGACAUGGAUGAACCUGGCAUGGUGAAAUGCAAGUCGUGCGCUCUGGUCUUGUUGAAGACCUCGAUGAAGCGGCACGUAGAGACACAUGGGCUGCCAGGAAAGUGGUCAUGCUGCGGAGUGCCUGUCCAGCUGGCUUCAAAGUACGGCAUUCCGGCGAGUGCAGAGCCGUAUGAGCACAAGGGUCGAUGGAUGGUUGGUGGAUGCGGGACGCAUUGCAGUCGGAAGGACGCACUGGUGCGUCACCUGAAUAGCGAGUCGAAGGAGUGCGUGGGUGAUGUGGAUGUGGCGGAUGCGCUGGGAUGGCUCGAGGAUGCGAGUCAGUAG